AGAUGAAGCCACUGUAGAUCACCUACACACUUCAGGAGCAAGGGCACCUGAACUUUAGAUCGUCUGUGCCCCUGGAAGCCCCUGCGGGUUGCUGCAGAGUCACAGAUGCCUGGCAGCAGAUGAGAACCUGUAAGGCACCUUCCAGUGGAUGAAGAUGAGCCUUUCAGUGACCGAGCUAUCUGUUCCAGACAGCCUCCACACCUUACUCGAGGGUGUGACCACAGCGGUCAUAAAACACAAACCAGUAGACACUGCAGAGUUUGUAGCUCUCUAUUUCCAAGACUUCAUUGCCUUUCAUAGAGACAAUCUAAAUUUGGACUUACAGGAAGUGGUGAAAAAAUUUGAUUUCAAGUACGAAAAUCUGACUGGGGAACUAGUAAGGAAGGCAUCGUACCACAGAGACACUUCACUGUCUAAUGAGCCCCAGAAAAAGGAAGCCUCUACUGAUACAGAGGAAGAUCAACUUCUUGAAGACCUUGCUAUCGAGUAUAGCUCCAAAGUAAUUCAGUGCCCAUCAGCUGUCAGUUCUGUUGCAGAAAACAAAUCCUCCACUGGACCUGAUGGAGCUUCAUCCCCUGAGGGCCCUGAACUUGCCUAUGUGCCUGCUGAUCCCGAACAGCUCGCUGCCCAUGUGCUAGCCAUGGCGUCAAGGGAAGCCGGACAGCCACCACCAUAUUCUAAUGUGUGGACCCUCUAUUGCCUAACUGACUUGAGGCAAGGUCAAAAGCCACCAUCCCCUGGCCAGCUGCCACAAGUGUCUGCUCCAAUUUACGCGAUGCGAGAAGAAAACAAGAGGGGAGACAUUCCAGCUUUCAUUUUAGUGGGCUCUACGGUUCAGACCGGGCGGGACUGGCAGGCUCUUCCUAGCCACGCUGUCUUCACACAGCAAGGGGCAGGUGCCAGGAGACUCACGGUAGUCCCAGUCCCCGUAGCCAGGCCAGCUGAUGAGGAAACAGGCAGGCCGGGUGUGCCAGACUUUAUCUCGGUUGCCAUCCCUCUGGAUAACGUGAUGUCUGCCAAGCAAGGCUGA